AUGAGGCUCCCGCUGCUGCUCUGCGUGGCCUCGCUGGCCUCCGGCAGCCUCUCCGUGGAGCCAGAGGAAGAACUCAGACCCGAGCUCUCCAUCGCCUACCGGGUCCUGGAGGUCUUCCCCCGCGGCCGCCGCGUGACCAUCACCUGCCAGGUGCCCGCGCCGAUGCUCCGGCCCGUCACCUACACCCUCUGGGGGAGCCGGGACGUCGAGGUCGCCAGGAAGGUGGCCAGCACCCAGGAGCCCGCGUCCUUCCACAUCAACGUCACCCUCAAGUCCAGGCCCGACCUGCUCACCUACACCUGCCAGGCCAGGACCUCGGGGGGCACGCGCCUGGCCAGCGCCCCGCUGCAGCUGUACUGGGAGCUGUGGGCCAAGCCAGUGUCCCAGCUGCACGCCAACUUCACCGUGCUGGACAGAGAGACGGCCCCGAGGUUCGAGAUUUCCUGCCAGGCGGCCUCGGGCAGCCCGCCCAUCACCUACAGCCUGGUCGGGCGCGACGGGCACGUGCACGUGCGGCAGACGCCGCGGUACGGGCAGCCCGCCAACUUCUCCUUCCCGCUGACCCAGACGUCGGCCUGGCUGCGGUGCCAGGCCCAAAACGGCAUCAGUGUCCAGAGCAGCCCCCUCACGCUGGCGCCCCCAGGCCAGCUGCCCAAGGCCCCCACCGUCGUGCUGGCUGCCAGCCUCACCUCCAUCGCCGCCAUCUCCUCCGGGAUGCUGGGCUGGACCAGGUGGAACAGGUUGUGA